ACUUUAAAAAUGUAUUAGUGAUAAUGGCUUUUAAAAGUGAUUUAAAGCAGUUAAUAAAACCAUAUUAUUGGGUUAACAUUCUAUUAAGCAUUUCGUAUGUAAUCUCGAAACGUACGAGCGUAGUAUGCAAUUACCUAUUCCCUGACUCAGACUGCGAAUUAGACAGUCGGGAAACGGAAAUCCUGUUCUUUCUGAUAAUCGUCGUGAUGCUACGGACGAGGAAAACGGGGAGCGUGACCAUGGUGAACUACCUGUCUUCGUCGUUUGUUUACACCAAAGUGGCCAACCUCAUUUUGUGGUUAUAUGCCGACGUAAGGUACGGGCUGCCAUAUGGAGCCAUAGUUAUCCUCACGGCUCUGUUGCUACCGGAACCUUCCUACUCAGGACCAGAAAACAUUAUAUACUUCAGAGGACCUCAGACGCUGGAUGAAGAGCUAAAGAAGAAAAACACCACAUGGUUUGUCUGUCUGUAUGCCGCAUGGCAUCCGGCUUGUGUCAAUUUUGCUCCAAUAUUUGCUGAGUUAUCUUCGAGCUACAGCUUAGAAAAUUUAAAAUUUGGAAAAUUAGACAUUGGAAGAUAUCCAGAUGGAGCUACCAAGUUUAGAAUUCAAGACGGUCCUACGAGCAGGCAGCUACCUACCGUCUUGCUGUUCAAAGACGGACAAGAGGUGAUGAGGAAACCUAUGCCCGACAGCACGGGCAAACUACAAAAGUUCCUAUUCUCAAAAGACAACAUGAAGGCUGCCUUUGAUAUAGAUGGCAUUUACCAGGAGUGUAAAACGAACAUGGUAACAAAAGAGAACAAGAAAAAGACGGAGAAGGCAGAUUAGGACUAAUGGACUCCAACACCAGAGCUAAAACAAAGGAGCUGGCCUAAGCAACUGUGCACCGUGAUUUUCAACUAGGUCCUG